AGAACAUGAAACAGUCGCCAGGUAAAACGCGCCGCGGAGGGCGCUACACAAAGGUAACCUCUGACCCUCCAGAAGGUGGGUGGGGCAUCGUGGUGGUCGUCGCCUCCCAUCUGAUCAUGGCGCUAGUGCUCGGACUUAUCCGGUGUAGCGGGGUCUUCUACCAGAGCUGGAAGAACGAGUUCAACACCGGCGCCAAGGAAACGGCCGCUGUCCAAAGCAUCACGGCCUCCUUGUCCUCCUUCAGUGGCAUUAUCGGCGGUAUCCUGACCAAGCGAUACAGCUGCAGGUUUUCGGGAAUGCUUGGCGGGGCUUUAGCGUCUUGUGGCCUGUUCGUAAGCUGCUGGGUGGCCAACAUAUACCAGCUGUACGUCACUGCCGCAAUCACAGGUGCUGGGAUGGGAAUUACCUACAACGCCGGUAUAGUUGCAGUCGCCCUUUACUUCAAGAAAAAGUACAAGACGGCCAACGCCAUUGCCUUCUCUGGUUGUGGCACGGGGAUGAUCGCUGCACCACCACUCUUGCAACUGCUUUCCGAGAACUUCGGUUGGAGAGGAGCUGUUUUCAUCAGCUCGGCAAUCAUGGCGAACGGCGUAGCAUUUUGUCUCCUCUUCAGACCCCUCCCGAGGAGAGUGGAACAGUCCGCAGCGGAGUCAUCUGAAAGCGAUGAUAGGGCCGGUCCAUUCGCUCAAGGGGGUGUCUUGGUUGCAAGUGACGAGGGGGAUAAUGUUGAAGAGGAUUCAAUUACAGGAGAUGAUCGGUGCUGUAACGCGCCUGAUGAACUUCAAAAUACAAGCGACGAGAAUGUUCUAAGCGAUAUGAGUAAUAACAGCGGGUAUGUGCCUCCAAAAGAGGCUAAGAAAUUGUGUGUGGCGGCUACCCUGCUCAAGACAUACUCGGAAUUGUUGGGAUUAAACAUAUUUCUGAAGAGUUAUCGUUUCGCCUUGCUGUGUCUCCUGCAGUUCCAGUUCAGCCUGCCGUAUAUGGGAUUCGUUCAGUUCCUUAUUCCCCGCGCGGAGAGCCUGGGUGUGACGCCCUCCAGCGCCGCCUUCUUGCUCAGUCUCUUCGGCAUUGGUACCCUGCUCGGCCGGUUGGCCAACGGUGUGCUGAUCAGCUGGAGACCAACCGCCGAGCACGUGACGGCGGCCGGCAUGACCCUAGCCGGUUUGAGCAUGAUGCUCUUGAACGUGGACCACUAUGCCGUCCUGGCAGUGGUCUCGUUCGUGAAAGGCUUCGCCAUCGGCUUCCUUGUCGCCGUCAUGGUCGUCCUGACUCGGCGCUACGUUGGAAUGGCCAACUUCGCCCUCAGCGUGGCGAUUUUUGGUAUCUUCUUCGGGGCUGGGGUUCUCACUGGACCGGUCAUGGCAGGUUGGUUGCUGGACGUAACUGGGAACUAUCAGACCGUCUUUUAUGUGCUUGCCGGUGUGUAUUUCAUGUGUGUUGUCCAAAUAUUACUGCUUCCCCUGCUGAAAAGAAUCGAGCCAGGAAUUGACAUACUCCCAUCGGAUCGAUAGCAGCAAUUACCGUACCAAUGGAAACUUGUUUAGUAUUGUAAUAUAGCUCGCUUUUGCAAAAUUGAAUCAUUAUUGCCAUUGCAAUCGUUCUAUUUAAAGAAAUGCAUUGAUUUCGGCCACGUUCGUGCUUUGAAGAUUUUGUUGCAUUCGGGAUUGUUCUCAUUCAGCCUUGUCUAUUAUCGUUUGCCAUGUGUAAGAUGAAGAACCAGAUAGAACCCUCGGGGCUAGACUAGAGUUUAAUAGAUGAGCUUCCAGGAACAACCUUACAGACGCAUGCGCCAGACGAGGCAACAAGUCUCAUCAUAUCAGUACCAGAAUUUCAAAACCGACUCGGGUCGACCAAACUACUGUGGUUUUGGGCAAGCAAAGUGUACUCGCUAAUGUCCUAUUGACUAUGGCGACGUUAGAAAACAAAAACGAAGUAGAGUGGUUUCGAACGACUACACAAACAUUGCUGUUUUCUGAAAGCUGAAGAUGCUCUGGAAAAGGGAAUAAAAAAUAAUAAUUACCUUAAUUGCAGUACGAGGUGUGACCCUAAUGUGUCUUGGUGCCUUUUGCUUCGUAAGAAGUAUAAUGAAAUACACCCGAUACAUGUGCACCUAUAUUAUGCCCAUGAAGGCGUAAUGGUUGUGAUCCAGCUUCAAGACGACCAUGACGGUACAGUUCAUUUCAACAAUAAACCCUGAAGGUGAGGUCUCAACACCAAUGAACCCUUAAGGUUGUAACACAUGUAUAUUAAAAAUUUGCGUAGUGCCGACAUGGCCAGGUCUUUUUUGUUUGGGGUUGACGUAAAAGGACCGCAUAGGGACGGGGGUGCAAAAAAGGUUAAUUCUUCCUGAAAAGCAUACAGUGCACACAAAACAAAAACAAAAUGGAAGUGCACAAGUUACAUUCGAUUGUAUCACAAUUCGGAAACCUUGUCAGAACAAUGCAUUUAACAGCCAGUAAGUUAUACAAACUUAACCAAGUUCAUUGAUGUUAUCAGUCUCCAAAAAAAAAAAAUUAAUAACAACAUUUAGUGUAUCCAUCAUCAGGGCCAAUGACUUGUGUUGUGGAAAUGUAUACAUUGCAUUUUGUACUUCUCCAAUCUAAGGGUGAGGAUCGAGUGUGUCACAAUAUUUAGAGUUACAACGUUAUUAUAUUACUGUUAUUGUCGAAGAGCGCCCUCUCUCGAUGUGAAAUAAAGUGGAGUGUCUCGUGAAAAA